AUGCUACCACCAGCUUUGGUCAGUGUGUACAAGGAGUACAAAAAGGAUACCGACUCAAUUGCAUCAUGGCUCGCUUCCACAGCCAGAGAAUGUGGUUACACCAGUGAGAAUCUGCCUGCUCCAAAGCCCAAGGCCAAGCAUAGAGCAGGCAAGAAGAACAAGAAAAAGGCGCCUGGUGAUAAGCCGCCGUAUAUCAUUGAAAUCAAGGACUUCGUUCCUCUGGCCGAAUUUAUCUCGUCGUAUAAAAAGCCAGCCCUUUCGGUUCCAAAGGCAUUCUUCAAUACCCUCCAUCGAGUCAUCUAUGUACGAAGUGACUUCAAAGAUAAGCUAUUUCAACUCAAAGUAAAGAAAGAUGCCGCAUCCGAUGCCAGGCAUACUUACUUUGUUUCAAUUCUCAUCAAAGUCAGCGAAAUUCUCAAGCCAUUCUCCGACAUGCCCGUGUCCGGUUCAUCCGAUACAGUCGAUCGAUUGACCAACAAGUUCGAAGCGCUCAAGGUUUAUGAGCCAUCUCAAGAAUUUCUCAAUGCAGCAGACGUGGAAAGGCCCGCUCAAGCCGGGAAUGACAAGUCUACGUAUGAAGCUGAUCCAUCGGGGUCACUUGAUGAUGCUAUGGCUGCCUACUAUUUCAUGUGCAGGGAUUUGAACGAGAUCCGAGAUUUUAUCCAAUCCAUUUGGCAAGGGAUAUUCCAUGACGAGAAGGGAAUGGGUGAUGACCCAGCUGUACUAGCCGUUGUGACAAAUAUCGCGAUCGAGUUUGGCACAAGUAUUGCUGAGGAGGUAUUGCCCAUACUUGACAAGUACGGCGGUUAUCUGGUUGUCGCUACGCAUCUCGUCGAUGCCCUAUAUUCUGAUGAAAAGGGAGAGCGGGAGCCGCUUCGAAAACCUUCGUACGACCGUUUCAACCAAUUUUACAUCCACGCCGCCACUUAUCUGCAAACCCUUACUUUAGUUGGUUUUGACGCGACUAAAGCAUUUUUUCCGGAACGUGCCUUUGGUGUCCGUGAUUACGAGACAGAUUGGGAGUCGAAGAGCGACGAGCAAAAAGCUAUGGAAGACGCGAUCAUCCUUACAGAGCUUUGGUUCGAGUGUUUGCUGCUCAGAAAUAUCCCUGAUUAUCCAUGCAGGGACGAAUUCAUUCGAGGUGUCAUGGAGUACAGGGAAACCAAAAAGAUCCCUUUCAGCCUCGUGUUCGCGGCCCAGGUCAAUCUCGACAUACACAAUACCAUCGGCGGCUAUGUCGAAAAAUCAGUCCCACUCCUUAUCGAACGAAUUGAAAUAAUGAACAAACAUUUGAAUAAAGCCAUUGAAUCCAUAAAGAACGUCAAGUCUCCCCACUGGUCGGCUCGAGAUCAGAAGUGGCUGGAAGAUACACAAGCAGGCUUUGACUGGUUUUUGGCCGAUCCGUUCCACACGUUGAGGACAUUGCAGGUAAAACAGAUGGGCAAUGCCAAAGAGUUUAGGGAAACACUCUCAAAAGUAGACAAGUGGAGGAUUUUGAAAAGGUCUCCGAUCAUCGCUGGUAUGGUUUUGUACUACCAUCGUGCCGAGAUGCACGAAGCUGGUCUUAAACUUACAAAUGCCUGGGGCUCCAUCAUCCUUCCUGCACACUUGUACAACGCCAUCAAGCAGGAAGGAGCUUCCAAAUACGUCUGGGAAGAUAUGGAGACGUUAUGGCAGAUAUUUGGAGAAGAGCAAUUCUUUGCUGGUGGGAAGCCUAGCGACUAUUCCGACUACGCUAAGCGCUUCAUGCUGCAGAUCGGUAUAUCUGCGGCAACCUUCCACAAGGAUAGACUUCUCCGCGGAUCACUUGGGGUUGAAGAUUUCACUAAAAAGGGUGCCCGGUUUCUUGUCAGCCGAGCUUCAAUCCACAGAAGCCUUCAGGAUACAUAUCACAGGAAUCAGAACCGGAUGAGCUGGAGCACAGAGAGUAUCAGUGCCAUUCUCUCUAGUGCUGAGUCGGAAGAGAAAUACAAAGGGAAAGGGAAAGACAGGGAGACCGACACUCCAAACGCUGAAGAAGACGUUCGCGUUUCACCAAUCGGUAUACUGAAACAUCUCAAACGCAGAAUGACUGGGGAGGUUCACGAACUUGCAUGGCCCUACCUGCAAAUGCAUGCGUUGAACUUGAUGCUUUUGAAAGUUUGGAGGGAUGAGUGUGAGCCAUAUUUCAGUGACAUCUACGGGGAGAAUUUCAAGUUUGAAGAAUGGCAACUGCCUUUUAUGUGUGGUCAUAUCUUGGGCGAGGCAGAGGGAUCUCUUUUGGACCUAGCCGGUGCUGAGUUUCGUUUCUUGCACGAUGCGAACGCACUGGCUGUGUGUUUACGCAACAUGCACUGUCUUAGUGGGUCAGACUUUACUCUUCCAGAAUCAGUGGUCGAGAAGUCUAACUUCAAUGAAUCUGAACAAUCUGAAUCAGACGGUGAUGAUUCAGUGCUUGAUUUGGAUGAGAUACAAAUUCCACCCAGCUCUGAGUGGCCGUUGGUAUCAACUGUUCACCGAUUUCAACGCAUCCGGAUGAAAAUUGCGGACCUUCCUUUCCAGACACAUCGGCCACAUCUGAUGGGGUUCAUCGCGGCCAUCAAGGCUCGUGAUAUUGAUGCUGCCGAAUAUCACGUAAAAUGCCUUGAAGAUGCUACGAGAUCCACUAUCGAAUAG